AUGGACCAUGUCGGUGUCGGAGAAAUAGGUCAUCCAACAGACAGCCACUUCUCCGCGAUGUUCCGCAGGGUGUUGUCAACCCUCGCCAAGGAGACUCAUCCACAGGUAGACAUGGCGAACGUUGAACAGCUGCUGAAGGAGGUUCCCUGCCAUGUCCUCACCGAGAACCACAUCCCCAAGCAAGACAACGGUCAUGACUGUGGAGUCUUCGUUUGCCACUACUUGAAAACUUUGGUCUACUCCGACUUCGCCAACUUGAAGAGUGGCCUGUGGUUCAAAGGGGUGAGCGCGCUGCAGUACCGCCGCAUCAUGCGCGCUGAUUUAUGCGCACACGCUAUGGGAGAGUUGCUCCGGAAGCUAGAGGAGGAUGGCUUGGAUGUUCCAUCUCAGCAAAGCGGCACGACCACCAACACAACUUUGAGGGAGGGUGCGACGGAUGGACGUCAGACAGAAGAAGAUCGUAUAGACCAGCUCGAGGCGGAGGUAUGCUCGUUAAAGCGCGAGGUCGGUGCGAUGACUGCAGGCUUCGCCGCAAUUGGUAGUGUGAUUGGGAUGUCGAGGGAGCAAUUAAUCUCAGCAGGCAAAAACAUGCUGCAGCAAACUGCCGUCGGUGCGCAGGGGUCGAGGGGUGAUGAUGGGCGCAAUCACGGCCCAAACACUCCGCUGCGGCCGUCAGCCUACACGAAGCAGCUGAACGACAGCCCAGACGAGGAUAUGAUGGGCUCCAACACGAGAGUGUCGCUCGACAGCAAAUUCGCGGCGGCCGUUGGUGCGUGCCCCUGUUUCCCGGCACAUCUGCCAAUUCCCGGGACGAGCGGUGCGGGCGCACCUCCCGGCUUCAUAGCUGUACCUAAGCAGGAGACCUUGGCGGGAGGAGAGGAUUCUGACGAAGAUGGAGAGGGCGAGAACGAGCCAGGAACAAAGCCGACCAAGUACACAGGGGUCUAUGUGGAGGCCGAUACAGGCAAGUAUGGGGUGAAGGUCAUCGCGAAGGACAAGGAGGGGAAGAAGACAACGAAGAGAGUCGGCGCGUACACCACGACAGAGGAGGCUGCGUAUUGCUACGCGGCAGCUGCCCACGUGCUGAGGCCUGGUAAAGGCACCCGGAACUCUGUGGCUUUAUCAGCGGCUGAUAAGGCAGCUCAGAAGGGGUGCACCCCCGAAAUCCUGAAAUUCAUGGUGGAUGCCCGCAUGUGGUGGCGCUGGAGGGUAUGGAGGGAGACCUACAAAGGUCUGAUGCGGAAGGCAGCAAAAGCCAAGAAGAAUGCAACGCGUGCAAAGAGGGGCAGACCGCGCAAGGAGAGUGGUGAUCAGGGUGGGGGCACGGCAGGGGAGGGUGAAGGCGAGAAGGCUGGCGGUGAGGACACCGUAAUCGUUGCCAACGAACCAGAGGACUGCAGGGUGCUUAAGAAGGCCCGCGGUGCAGAGGCAAAGUCCACCGACGACAAGACCGAUGAAACUGGUCGUGGGAGGCAGAAGGAUGGUGCUUGGGAUAUCAAUAAUACUGGUGGUGAGACAUCUGACGCUUCCCCCGGCAGGGUCGGCAAACAAGCGCUGGAGAGUGACUCUCCCGAUUCGCGUUCCAAGAGCAACGGUGCUCCUCGUCUAGCGAACCGGAAUCGAGGCGAGGACGUAGACGGGGGCGAACAGGCACACAACGUGAGCAAUAACAACGCUUCCGAUGAGGAGGAUGACGAGGAUGUGGGUGACGCGAUGCGCACAAUGUUCGAAAACAAUGCGUACCGAGAGAACGAUGCUGUGGACACCAAUGGCGAGGAGGUGCGCGUUUCCGCGGGAGUUAUCAUGAGCCUGCUUAAGUCGCAGGACGAGAGCGCGCAGAAGGUGGCUCGCUUGGAAACUCUGCUUUUGGAGGCGCUGGCGAAGUCCGAUGGGGGGUCCCGUCGGCGCAAGGCGAAGCGGCAGAGGGAUCCCGGGCAGGGAUGCAUGAACCCAAAGCGCCAGCGUCGCGGCGAGGCAGUGGCCGACGUUGAGGAGGAUGACGAUGAGGAGGAGGACGACGACUACGAGGACAUGGCACAUAUUCGCAUACGUCGGAAGCACAUGCGCUCUGCAAAGUCGCCUGUUCUUCAACGCGCACUGGAUCUGCUGCCGGCCGACAAGGCUUGGAAGGUGGGACGUGCUACCAAACUUCGCCUAUGCGAGCUGGUCCGAUUGCAGCUGUUUUUGAAGAAGCCGGCCGCAACCAUGACUUUCUAUCCGAGCUCUGACGGCAAGACAUAUGGCGUUAGCUCAGUGAUUGACCGCCUGCCGCAUAGCUUCGCGUGCCUUGCGCUUGCCGCGGACAAGUCCCGCCGUGCUGACCUUAACAAGACGCUGAGCGAGUGGAAGACAAGGGCUGCAGCACGGGUCCGGGACAUUGCGCUCCCCAAGCUUGGAUUCUUCCGUGAUGAGCACGACGAGGCAAGCCCGUGGGCAAGGGACAACGCACGCACGCUGGAGCAGAUUCGGGAGCGCAUUGGGCUCGGUGCGGAGGAGAGCCAUGAUCUGGUGCUGAGCAACUGGUCUAACAACCGCGACGACGGGAUGCCCUUUGCGUCUGCCGCGUUUGCGGCGUGCGCAAAGGCUGCCUUCAUUCCGAAGAAGGCUGCACUGCCGCUCACUUUGAAGGUGUACCACCUUGUGUGGCUGGAGCACGUGGUGUCCGACAGCAUCAUGUAUUGGGAGCAGAGGAUGGGCCGCCUCUCUAACUCGGCCGGGGGGAACGGCCACGUGGUGAACGGGCUCAAGGUGCUUGUGAAGGGCUCCGUUUCACAGGCCAUCCGUCACUUCAAUCCCGAGUACGACGACGAGAAGGAGGAAUGGAUAUGGGGACGCCAUGGCCUCCGCCUUUCUGCCUGUGGUCUUGAGAACAUGAAGCCUAAUGCUGGCGCCAGCGGCGGAGACGGCGCCGAGAAUGAUGUGCAGUCGGUGUCAGUCGGGGGCGUGUAG